UUAGCCUCUAAUAAUAGUGGUAGAGCUAUUGUCUAUUUACCUAAUAAGGUGCGGCAGGCACGUAAGCUCCACCAAGAGAAGGAGGAUGCUAAGGAAGCUGAUAUUGCUCGCAAGGCAGAGGAUAAGGUGCGCAGGCAGCUAGCAAAGGAUGACAAGCAAAGAAUUAAGGAAAUGACGAAGGCUAGCAAAGCUACUAAGAAAAAGCAUCAGCUAGAUGCUGAGGGCGAGAAGAAGCGCGCUGCAGAUGAUGCUUGUUAUGCACGUGAGUUCAACAAGCAGCUCAAA